CGUGACAGUCUUGUGGUCUUUAGCACAUCACAAGCGAGUUGAGUUCUGAGACAGACCGCAGCAAUCAUUACUGGUGAUACUUAAGCCUAGCUUUCUUUGAAAUUUCUGAUAAAAAUAGAAUUAAACGUAUAUUUAUUCCAAUACGAGUACGAGAUCUGUAAUGUCAGUGACUCAUAGAGUCAUUUUGACAUGGGGAGGGGGGGAUAUAUACAUAGCGGUAAAUAAAUGAUAUAACAUGGUUCACUUUUUGUGAGGUGGGGGAGGGGGGGCGCAGAAUUUUUCUUUCGCCUAGGGCGCAACACAGCCUAGCGCCGGCCCUGCAAACUCCAUCACACUCUCGAAAGGGGGUGUCGCUAACAUCCCUUCCCCAGCAAUAUCGGGCAAAGUCGAAGUCGAUGGCACUCGUGCGAAGCUCCCACAGUCCAGUAGGAGCAGGUCUGAGAGCAGUGAGUGACUUGAAGUGGAUGACGUGGCGCUUAAGGUUCAGAACAAAUAACGGGUGAAAAUAAGUGUUGGCAUCUUGUCUUUGGGUAGAAAGGAGGUCCCGCAUACGGUCUGUACACACGAUUUCGUAAAAGGACAACAGCGACACAGGAUUCACCUACAUUCGUCUUCCACAAGACAGCUGACAGUAAACCAUGACAUCUCUACUGGAAAUGCUCGACAUCAACACAGGCCUUGCUUUAGGCGUUGCCGUGUUGUCGUUGUUGUGGUGGUUUUCCGUCAGACGACCUGCAGGUGCACCUCCAGGACCUUGGCUGGCUGUACCACUGCUGGGUCACCUGCUGCUGCUGAUGAAGAAAGAUACUAGGCAGCAGUUCGCAGCAUGGCGACGACAGUACGGUGACGUGUUCAGUCUGUACCUGGGCAGCCAGCUAUUGGUGGUGCUCAACGGCUACAAGGUCCUCAAGGAGGCGUUGGUAAACAACGCCGACGUCUUCUCCGACAGGCCAUUUGCUUCUUUUGAAAAUAUAAUAACCGACAGCAAAGGCGUUUUUGACACGUCUGGUCCUGUGUGGAAAGCCCAAAGAAAGGUUUCUACACAGAUUCUACGUGAGCUAGGGAUGGGCAAAAACGUCCUGGCGGCAAAGAUUGAGGAGGAGGUCAAAGAGUACAUCAGGGUCAUAUCCGAGAGCCAGGGACAGCCGCUGGAUCUGGCCCACUUGACCCAAGCUAGCGUGUCCAACAACAUCUGCUCCAUCGUCUUAGGCAAACGCUUCGAGUAUGACGACGAUGUCUUUGGAAACAUCCUUAGGUUGAUGGAUGCCAUUAUUAACGAUGCUGGGGCGGGUGCCGUAGUCUCUAGCAUGCCUUUUCUGCGACACCUGCCUGGAGAUUUCUUUAAGGCGAACCGCUUUGUGGACAACAUGCGGCUUGCGUUGCAAAAGUUUAUUAAACCUUUUGUAGACGAGCACAACAGCAGGUUUGAGGAGGGUUCAUACGACGACUUUAUUGGCGCCUACAUCAGAGAAAUACAUCAUCAUCGCAACAGUCAGUCAGGAUCACCUCAUAUCAACGAUGUUAAUCUCCUGAAGUUAGUCUUCGACAUCUUAAUAGCUGGCUCGGAGACGACCUCUACAGCUAUCCUGUGGGCUCUGGUUUACUUUCUUCACCACCCUGACGUGCAGGACAAGUGCUACGAGGAGAUCCACAGAGUUGUCGGCACAGAGCGAGCGCCCACCAUGCAGGAUAGACCGCAGUUAGUUUACAUGGAGGCUGUCAUCAUGGAGGUUCUUCGUUAUGGCAACGUUGUGCCACUAAAUGUGGUACAUUCCACCCCAUGUGACGUGGAGUUUGGCGGAUACACGAUCCCUAAGGGCACUGUAGUCAUCCCCAACCUGGAUUCUGUAAUGAGAGAUCCGGAGACCUGGGGUGACCCCGACAGAUUCCGACCUGAACGUUUCAUUGGAGAGGACGGCAAACUGUGGAGACCUGAAGAGUUAAUUCCCUUCUCUAUGGGUCGGCGCAUCUGCUUGGGUGAAACGAUGGCUCGAAUGGAAUUACUUCUUUACAUUUCAACAAUGGUGCAACACUUUCGAUUCCUACCUCCGGAAACUGGAGAGCUGCCAUCUUUGCAAGGCCUGCUUGGAGCAACCUAUUCCCCUAAACAUUUCAAAGUUCGAUCAGUGCCUAGGAAAUGUCUGAAAAAGGAAACAUCGGAAUGAAGUCAGCAAUGGAGAGGAUGGGAGUAUCUGAGGGCAGUGGACAUUGCUGCAGUAAAUCAGCGUGGGACAGUCUCAGCGAUUUUUUACCUGUUCUUUUUAUGUUACACUUAGCAAACACAGAUUGUUGACCCAGGAAGGCCCAUCAAACGCUUUCGGCGUCAAUUAAUGGUCAAAUUUUGUCAGGGUUUAACAUGAUCUGUGUAGAGCAUACUAAAAGAUAAUUUUAAACAUUUUGUAGGCCAAUUUUUGGUUAAAUUUCAUUUUACUAUACGAUUGCACUCAUCAGUUUUUUUCUCAGUAGAAACCGAGUUAUAGACUUGUGAUUAUCGUACUACACAACUAGGAAUACUGCAACAGUCAUCGUCAUUAGAAGCAUCAGCCUCGUUAAGACUGGUACUGCAUGAGUCUGUCUCAGACUGCUUGUACUACAGCAAAACACUUCCGUAGGGGAAGCUGUGUUCUCACUUGUCCUCUUACCUCUGCGUUGUUAGCUUCUUUUUCUUUCAUCCAGUCUUCUCUUGGUUUUUUCUUUUUUAUAAUUGUUGUCACCUUUCUUUUUAUUGUACUAAUUCGCAUUUUUUCACUCUCACUUGUGUCACUUUCGUGUCUCUGUCACAUCAGCAUGCACCAAGGUCCUGACACUGACAGACGACAAUGUCACAGUCGAUGUGGAGUUUCCAUGAAAUGCUUACUGUCUCCUUGUCUUGCUUUAAUGAUUGUGUUGCUUCAUCCAUUAAUUGGGACACUUUGAGCUUGGCCCUCUUGAGUGGUUGUGACAGAACUCCACCAACAAUUCUACAGGUGUGUCUAACGAUUUUACAGGUUUGUUAAACGAUUCUAGAAGGUUCUAUAUAGGUCUGUGUGUGACAAAUGAAUUCCUUGUGACAAAGUUAUGGGAGAAUUGAGUAAAGCUUCUUAAAAACCCAAUCAAUGGCAAACUUUUGAAAGGGUCCAACAUGAUGUGUGUGUAGGGUACACUAAAUGAUAUUUUUAACAGUUUGUGGGCCAAGAUUUGUCUGGAUUUCAAUCUAUUACACUAUUUUUAUUUUUUUAUUUAUUUUUUUUUUGCCACAGAAAAUGUUUCCGUAUAUCUUGUAUCAUAAGAUUCUUCAAAUUUGUAAUGCAGCUUUAAAGUGCUUACUAUUGCGCUAUUGCUUUUUUUGGUAUUAAAAUAUUCUAAUGAAAUGUUCAUUCACCAAUAUGACUUAAAACAUUUGUAAUCCGUUGGUCAGUUUUAAUUACAGUAGGUUAGUUUUCAGGGUUUACUUUUAGUGACUAUACAUUCUUGAUUUUUCUGUUUAUCUGCUUACAAGACAAUGUAAACCAUGAUGAACUAUGAAUAAUGCUACAUUAAGUUUGUGUUGAGGGCUGACAAUGGUCACAUUCUCGACCCACACCAUGGAGAUGUUUUACUUAUUAUUUAUUUCGAUCUUCUUUGCUUCAGGAAUAUUAGAGGAGAAAAACAACUUAUGUCGGUAAAAUACUGUGAGUUGAUACUUAUGUUGAGAUAGUUUCAAGCUGGUGUGUACAAAUAUAGGUGCAGUUUAACUCUUAAUGCCUGAAGUCAUGUGCAUGGAAUUAGUUUUUCCUGUGUAAUAUUGUUAUGAUUUCUGGAUAGAUGCUGGACAUUUUUUCUUGCUAUUUCAAUAAUACAUUUAUUCCUCAGCAAAUCAA